UGGGAGGAGCCCUAGGGUCACAAAACUUCACAAAAGUUCUUCCCCUCGGUCAGUCUAGAGCAGAGGUGAAGGAAGAACCCAUGGGACUCCCGAGGCGGCGGCUGCUGCUGCUGCUGCUGCUGGCGACGACCUGUGUCCCAGCCUCCCAGGGCCUGCAGUGCAUGCAGUGUGAGAGUAACGAGAGGUGCCUGGUGGAGGAGUGUGCCCUGGGCCAGGACCUCUGCAGGACUACCGUGCUUCGGGAAUGGCAAGAUGAUGGAGAGCUGGAGGUGGUGACAAGAAGCUGUGCCCACAGCGAAAAGACCAACAGGACCAUGAGCUACCGCAUGGGCUCCAUGAUCAUCAGCCUGACAGAGACCGUAUGUGCCACAAACCUCUGCAACAGGCCCAGACCCGGAGUCCGAGGCCGUGCUUUCCCCCGGGGCCGUUACCUCGAGUGUGCGUCCUGCACCUCUUUGGACCAGAGCUGUGAGAGGGGCCGGGAGCAAAGCCUGCAAUGCCGCUAUCCUGCAGAACACUGUAUUGAAGUGGUGACCCUCCAGAGCACAGAAAGGAGCUUGAAGGAUGAGGACUACACCCGAGGCUGUGGCAGUCUUCCCGGAUGCCCAGGCACAGCAGGUUUCCAUAGCAACCAGACCUUUCACUUCCUGAAGUGUUGCAACUACACCCACUGCAAUGGUGGCCCAGUUCUGGAUCUUCAGAGCUUUCCACCGAAUGGCUUCCAGUGUUACAGCUGUGAGGGGAACACUCCCCUUGGGUGUUCCUCCAAAGAGGCGUCUCUCAUCAACUGCCGGGGACCAAUGAAUCAGUGCCUGGUGGCUACAGGCUUAGAUGUGCUGGGAAACCGGAGUUAUACCGUAAGAGGCUGCGCCACGGCUUCCUGGUGCCAAGGCUCCCACAUGGCCGACUCCUUCUUCCCGACCCACCUCAACCUCUCUGUCUCCUGCUGCCACGGCAGUGGCUGUAACAGACCCACAGGGGGCGCCCUCAGGCCAGGCCCUGCUCAACUCGGCCUCAUUGCCUCUCUGCUCCUGACCCUCGGACUAUGGGGCAUCCUCCUCUGGACCUGAUUCCUGAGCCGUCAGCCCUGGCUGGACCCAGGGACUUUUGACCCCCUCCCCCCUGCUCCAUCUUUGAGGAUGUGUGUGCCGUCAUGUUGUCUUCUUUGGGCCUCAGUUUUUCCAUGAACCAGAAAAGAACUGGAACAAGGGCUGCGGGCAGCAGGGGCCUCUUAGUUGAGAUAAUAUUGUUGCUGUUGUUAUUAUUAUUAUUAUCAUCAUUAUUAUUGCUCUAAUUUAUUAUAUAAAUAUAUAUAUAAAAGAUUUUUGUACCAGUGAACAAAGCUGGGUCUCCCCACUGUCACAUUUAGCUUGGGAAGAUGAGAGCAGCAGGGAAUUGUUUUUUGUUUGAUUUUUGCUUUGAGACAGGAUCUCACCAUGUAGCCAUAGCUGCCCUGGAACUUACUUUAUAGAACAGGCUAGCCUAAAACUCACAGAGACCCACCUGCCUCUACUUCCUCAGUGCUUUGAUUAAAGGUGUGUACCACCA